UGACGUAUUUACUUACGGGAGGACGUGAUUUUUCACACAGGUGCUUCAUCUGCUUGCCAGUGCGACUAUUUGGGGAAGAUAAGCUGCGCCUCCUCACUCCUGAGCCGUUUCAUGUUUCUUCCUUCAGCAUCCUCGCUGGUUGACGUGCAGUUUUAGUCUGUGCAGCCAAAAAGAAGAAGAAGAAGAAGAGGAAGAAGAAGAAGAAGAAGAAGAAGAAGAAGAAGAAGAAGAAGAAGAAGAAGAAGAAGAAGAAGAGAAGAAGAAAAAAGGAAACAAAUUGCUACUUCUGCCUGCGAGUUUGUGAAUAAUUCUUGAGGUUUUUAGGGCACCUUUUCCAAAGCAAAGAGAUAUUAGACAGACGAGGGCUGAAAAAGAUGCUUUAUUGUUCUAAACAAAUAGUUCAGUCCUUGUUCUUUGGAUGCCUGGCUUUUCUUGCUGUGACCUCUGUUGUGAACGCAGAAGGUCGUGUGUUUGUUUUAGACCCGAGCAGCUUGCAGGGCUUCGGGGAACCAGAGCAGGCGUGUGCCUCGCAAAAUGCCCGCUUGGCGUCAGUGGAAGAGCUCCGUCAAGCCGUGCUGGAGUGCUUCUUCUCUCACUGCACCCGCGGGUGGCUCUACGGAGGCACGGUGGGGACGACAGUUUGUAAUGCUGAGGGGAGUUCACUGAAGGCUGUUAACGUGAAGACAGAAAACGCUACAGAGGACACUGCACACCUGAGUGCCUUCUGCAUGAAAGACAAAGCUGUGACCUGUGGGGAUCCUCCAUCGUUCCCCAACGCCCGUCUGCAGGAUCACUCAGGGUUUGAGAUGGGAGACGAGCUGCUGUACACGUGCACACCCGGUUACGUGAUGCCCAGCGGUCACUCUGCCUUCAGCCUGCUGUGUGACAGCUGCGGCCAGUGGUACGGGACUGUGCAGAUUUGCAUUAAAGGUGCAACUGAAACCCAUGUAGACUAUGAAGACAAGUUUGAAGAUUCCUAUGAAGAAACAGAUCAUGAUCAUGACAGUCAAGAAGACAUAUUCAGAGAUACUUCUCAAAAAGGGAAGGGGAUUCUGCAGCAGCAAGAAACAAAAUUUUGGGUCAAUGUAGAAGAGGAUGACCAAGAUCGCCAUGAAGUGCAUGAUAUUGGAGUAAAGGUGAUUAAUAGCAGUAGAACCUUUGGAGGAACUGUGGAUGAAGUAGCAAUGAGAGAGGAAGAUGCUUUCACGGUCCAUCCCAGGUUUGAGCAGGACAGUACCAAGUUGGUCCGGACUGGUGCAGCUCCAGCCACGAAGGAGCCUGUUUCUCUUCUCUCCCAAAAACACAUGUUCUGGUUCCCCUCUGAGGCUUUCCAGGAGGAGGUACCGCCCAUCGCCAGCGACUCAGUCACACAAGCAACACAGAGAGCUUCUGGUGCCCUGUCUGAGGAGAGCAAAGAAAGCGAGAGCCAAGAAAAGCUGGAAAGCACCGACUUUGUCGAUCGUGUCGAUCGUGACGAUCAUGACGAUCAUGACGAUCAUGAUGAUGAUGAGAACAGAAAUAAAGAUCAAGAUGAUAAAAUAUAUGACAGAGAUGACAAUGAUGAUCAGGAUGACAGCCGCCAUGAUGACCUGGACAUCCAUGAAGACGAUCGUACCGAUGAUCACGAUAAUCAAGAUAAUCACGAUGAUCACUAUAAUCAUGAUGAUCAUGAUGAUCACCAUGAUCACCAUGAUCAUGAUGAUCCUGGCAGUCGCCAAGAAGAGGAUUUUGAUGACAAUGUGAAGCAACCGACUCACUACGACAACUCGGACAGACCUGAUCGGGACAGAGACGAUGAUGAUCAUGAUGACCAUUAUGACAUGGGCGAGCACGAAGACGGCAGUGAUCGCACCAAAGAAUACGAUGAUCGUGAUGCUGCAUACGACGAUCACCCAAGUCAGGAGGAUCAUGAUGAUGAUCACAAAGACAAUGAUGGAGAACAUCCUGAUAAUUCAGAACAACAUCCAAAAAGUGACGAUCAUGAUGAUGGAGAGGAACAUUAUGAUCACGAUGAAGACGACAUUCACGAUGAUCGUGAAGACAAAGACGAGGAGAGCUAUGACGACCAUGAUAGCCAUGAAGAUGAUGAUCAUCACCCACAUCUAAUCAUUUCUGUAGCCAAUGAGCGGCGGCCAAACAUCACCCAGAGGGAAGCAGGAAGUAAGAGCACUAAAGAUAAUACUUGGCUUGAUGGAUAUCCUGUUGAUCUAUUUGACACAGAAAAUAGCGAUUCCACAAAAGGGCAAAUGGGAAGCAGUAUGGCAAAGACAACAGACAAACCCAACGAUGUGGAAGUACGUAAACGGGUUCCUCACUUCAGUUUCUCAGACGGAGAUAUAUCCUUCACUAUGACACCUAAAUCCGACCAAGGGAGGGAGAGGAAGAACUGGCCUGGCUCCAGGACUCCAGCUACCUCAUCUGACCAUUUAGAGCGCUCAAACUCCCCCUCAAACUCCGACACCCUGGAUUACGACACACAACAAGUUCCUCCCACCCACUCCUGGCUGGAUGACCUCACCAAUCACCCUUUCCUCGAUCACGGCCCAGCUCCCCCGGUGCAUGAUGGGAACACGUUUCCUGGAGUGAUGGAGGAACACACUGUGGACGAUCUGCCAGGUAUGAUGGGUGAGAUGGAAGGAGAGAAGAGGAAGACGAUCUGUGUGGGUGAGGACUGUCCGCCUCACCCUCCAAGCUCAACCACCCAAGGGGCGAAGGUGGCCGCCAUCAUUGUGGCGGUGUGUGCCGUGGCCACCGCGGUCAUCAUCGGAGUUUGGUGUUUCAGGCGGAAACAACAGAAAAGUUCACUGUACGAGAUGAACGGGAAAGGUCAAAACCAGAGCAGACCGGGCCAACAGAUAGAGAUGCAGCAGAAAGUGUAGGAGUGGAGAACGAGGACGUUAAUGAAGAGCAGAGACAUUUAAAGAUAGAAGAAUUAAGAUAAACAAGAGGAAUGAACUUCCCUUCAUCACGUUAGACACUACUGCAGGUGUGGACACUUUGGGUUUGAUAACUAGCUGCAUUUCUGCUUCAGUGAAAAAAAGCCUUGCUGAGUUAGCUAUAAAUAUACCCCCAUAUUAUUACUUUAAAACUUCUGCAUUAGCUGGAUGCAAACGGGCUGUGCCUAAAACAAAGAGACUAGAAAAUACAGGGAAGCUAUUCCUCCAUGACUAUAUCAACUGGGACUCCCAAAUUUAAAUGUUUUCAUCAUUUUAGUGAUGCUUGUUUGUAUUUCCUUGGGUUUCUGCUGUUUUUUAAACUGUUUUGAAUGCCUUGAUGCUUUGCUGUAAAUCAAGAAUGUCAACCCUUGGAAUCCAUUGUCAUAAAAGCUUUAGAUCUGUUGAAUCUUCAGUACGCCUGAUUUACAUAAAUGCUUUUAACAGGUAUCUGCACAACUUGAUAAUAUUCUCCAGUUAUUUGAAUCAGGUGCAUUGUACAGGGUCAUGUAUAUACAUAAACCCCAACUAACAUGUGGUUAAAUGUCUCUUUGUGCCUUGAAGACAAGCUUUUCGUAGCCACCAACAAACUUCUGACCACUCUUUUGGGAGAGUUAAUUUAAACUGGCAGGUUUUCUGGCGUGGUGCACCAAUUGUCAACAGGAUUUAAGACGAGGUUUUGCUUUGCUAACUCUAUGCUAACAAGAUUUAGCCAUUCCAAAACCAGUGUUGAUUUACAAUGGAGGUCAAUGUUUUGUUUGGACAAUGUGGUGGGAAAGCAGCGUUUGGUAAUCAUUUAUUCCACAACAAACAUCCAUCUGACCAAAACUAUUACCCUAUUUUACUGAACUAUUCUUUUUUUUUUUUUUAGUUUAAAAUAUGCACUUUAUUCCAUGUUAUUUACUUAUAUAACAUGACUGCUAUGACCGUGCAGCAAAACAUAAUCCACCAUUCAUUUUACUUCAUUGCUGGCUCAUUGGGUAAUGCAAAGUAAGUUACAGUAACGCAGACAUGAACGAUAAUGCAAAAAUAAUCAAAACAGCACAAAAUAAGAGUUGUGCUGGGUCGGCUGGUGAACUUGACCCCAGUUGGCCCCCCAAAUGAAACUCUGCUUAGGAACUGCUUUAAAAAUGGGCUGGGUCUGAUCAGCAUCACCGUUCACAGUGAAACCAGUUUUACUUCACCAUGAACUGAGAGGCUUUGAGAUGUCAUAUACUGUGAAAUGGAGCUACGUAAAUAAAUUGAAUGGAAUGGAAUGAAAUUGAACUU